AUGCAAUCAAUAUUCGUAGCUAAUAACUCGGUGGCUCAUGGAGAGGGGAAAAGCAAAUCAGUUCGAGUCAACCACCUUAUUUCCGUGCCUGCUCUGCAUAUGUACUCCCACAUGAGGGUACGAUCGAAGGUGGCCAAGGAUGGUCAGAAGGAGCAACCGUGUACAGUAACAGAUGCAUCAAAAAGCCCACCGAUUCUCGCACCUCUUCCUUCCAAGGCUAGCAUGCAGACUUGCUCGCACUCAGUGGGCCAGCGCCGGAGAGAAUCAACGCAGGCUUGCAAUGGUGGGGUUUGUUUCAGCUCUGGAGGGUAUCCUUGCUGUGGCGUAGAGGUAGAGCUACCAGUUGAUAUUUCUCAUUUAGUAAAGCUUAUUUCCCCUGUUGUGGCAGUAGAGCUAUCCAAGGUGAGGAUCAACGGCAGGCUUGCAAUGGUGGGGUUUGUCUCGGCUCUGGCAUUAGAACUAUACAAUGGCCAAGAUGUGUUUGCUCAGAUAUCCAACGGUGGAGUCACGUUGUUCGUUGCCACUAGUAUUUUGCUCUCUGUGGCAUCCUUGGUUCCUCUGUUUAAAGGGGCGAGCGUGGAGUCCAGAUCAGAUGGGAUCAUGACCUCUGAUGCUGAGCUGUUGAAUAGAAGGCUGGCCAUGUUAGGUCUGGUAGCUUUUGUCUUCACUGAGUAUGUGAAGGGAGGGACUCUAGUCUAG